GAGUAUAGUUCGAUGUCACUGCUGCUUGCUUCGCUUUGGUACUUUCCAGUUUCCAGUACUUUACUUUCACCUUCGUUUCAUUUGGUUUCGGUACAGUUUCGGUACUAUACCAUAUACCAAUAUACCUGACUAUACCUGAACAAUACCUGAAUGGUAACUGUCAAACUCACAUUCAGUCAGAUUUGGUCAAAUUCAAAUUUGUUUGACGUGCAAAUCGGUGCAAGUUGUCAGUUCACAAAGACUUCCUAGUUGUUACUCUUUAUCGUAAACAUGACAGACCCGGAAAGUUUAAGGAAAGCGAUCGUGCAAUACGAACAACAGCUGGAGCAAGUUCAGGCAACCUUAUCCGCGACAGCAUCACGGGCUGACAGAGACAAUUUGUUAAGCUUGAAGUCAGAUAUACAAGAACUAAUUAAUCUGACAAAAGAAAACUUGCGUAGCGUCGAAACGGCUGAUAUAGGAAACAAGUUAAAGUUGGAAAAUUUAAACGACGAGGAUGACGAUCCGCUAGCAAAGGAAUAUGCCUUGUUUAAGACCGAAUUGGAGGAGGUCUCCGACGACUCUGAAAAUAGUAAGCAGAACGAACAAGUCAACGGAGCUUCGAACGAUAUAGAAGAAGAAUUGAGGCAGCUCGAAGGCAUGAAAUGUAGAGCCCCGCAUGGUACCAGUUGGGGUGGUGUCGGUUUCCAUAACGCUAUGAUAUGCUCGGUUUAUCGGAACGAUCUUACAGAAAUAAAAAAUAUGCAAGACAUAAAGGUCAGAGUAUUUUUCUUAAAUCCAACGCACAAAGAAAUGCUUCCGUGCCCUUACUAUUUGGAUGGAAAAUGUAAAUUUUCUGAUGAGGAUUGCAGAUUUUCGCAUGGCGAACUAGUACCAUUAUCUAGCAUACAGGAAUAUAGAGAACCUGAUUUUAUAAGUAUAAAAAUGGGCAGUAGAGUACUGGCAAAGCAGAAGAAUGAGUUAUGGCACAGAUGCGUCGUAUUAAAAUUACCAGAUAAAGAUGGAGAUGUUUUUCGAAUAAAGUUUGAAGCAAGCGGUAAUAUCGCCGAAACUUGUUUACAAGACAUUUUGCCUCUCGACGAUGCAGACUUGGAAAUGUCAGACACGUCUGAAGAUACGGAUGGCGAAGAUAGCGAAACUGAUUCGCCAGGUUAUUCUGAAAAGGAAGUAAUUUACAAAUCUUUCCUUACUUUGGAAAGUAAUGCACCGUUAGGAAAUUGGGAGAAACACACGCGUGGUAUAGCAAGUAAAUUAAUGGCUCGCAUGGGAUACGUAGCUGGUACCGGUCUUGGAAAACAUUCCGAUGGCAGAAUAGAACCAGUCGAAGCAACCGUGUUACCUGCUGGUAAAUCUUUAGAUCACUGUAUGGAGUUGCGAGAAAAUGCGGGUGGAGAUAAAAAUCUAUUUUCCGUGGAACAUAGAAUGCGGAAGCAACAGCAAAAAUUAGAACGACAAAGGGAAAGGCAAUAUCAAAGAGCGAAACAACAAGAAGAAAAAAAUAUAUUUAAUUUCAUAAAUGCAACCUUGGGUGACAAAUCCAAAACUGAUACGCAAACGAGUACCUCGAAAAGUAAGAACUACCUUAAAACGGAAUCCAACCGACAGUUAAAUGUAGCAAGCUUACAAAUUGGAGAAAAUAUUUUAAGGCUGGAGAGAGAAUCUUCAAAGUUAAAAGAAUCGUUAACGAGGCACGCAAAGGGUAGCGUUCACUACAAUAACAUUGUAAUGAAAUACAACGAGAAGCAGAAAGAAAUUGUUGAUUUGAGGGCAUCUGAAAAAAAUAUAGUUGCCGAACAAAAUCAACGAAAAAAUAAAGCAAAGCUCUCUAUAUUUUGAUAUCCAUUUCACUUUUCUAAAGUCAAUUAUAAUACUUACCGACAUUACUUACCGAUGUGUAUAUAAAAGAAUAGUAAAUAAAGAAACUUUAAAAUUUGAAA